AAAACCAAUGGCGGAUGCGUAAACAGUUUUUAAUUGUGCUAUUUUUAUUUUAAACGUUAAUUAAGUUUUAGUAUAAAAAUAAGUAUAAGUAGUUUAAAUGUCUGGCACAAGCAGGCCCGAUGGGGGUGUUGUGCGCAAUAGUGCGUUGGCGUUUGUUGCGUCCGCGCAGGCGACAAUGAACCCUGGGGCUAGUGUGGCACUUGGGGGCCCUCAGCUGGAGAAUCAGAUGAAUCAAACAGAACGUCUCAUGCCUCAAGGACUAAAGGCUCUGUAUGAUGUUUGCUCCAAAGUAUACCCGGACCAGCCGAAUCCUCUACAAGUCACAACGAGGCUUAAAUACUGGCUGGGAGGUCAAGAUCCGCUCGACUAUAUCAGCAUGUACUGGAACCCGGGAAGACCAGACGAACACAUACCUCCACACUGGCAUUACAUAAGUUUUGGUCUCUCAGACCUCCACGGGGACGGUCGGGUCCACCCUAAACCCGAUCCCACAGAACGCUGGUCGGGUUACGGCAUGGAGCUGACGUUCAGGCUCGAGUCUCAAGAGAGGCAACCGCCUCUCUGGCCAGCCACGUUGUUACAGUCCUUAGCUAGAUAUAUAUUUACUACAGGUAAUAAGUUCAUGGCAGGCGACCACGUGUCGUGGCACGCGGCACUGGACGGGGCCCACAGUCGCUUGAGGCACUUGUUGGUGGCGGUGGACCCCGGCCUGCCCAUCGCUCGGACACCCCACGGGGUCGUCACCUUUUUACAAAUGGUAGGCUGUACCAGUAGAGAGCUCCGGGCAGCCCAGCGGGGUUCCGGUUUUGAAGUGCUGAAGAUGAUCAGCGAGGACCCUAAAUGCGGUGGGUCGUGGUUGGUGUCCAGGGCGGCGCGGCGGGCGUCGGCGCGGGGCUGUGGGGCGGGCGCGAGGGCGGGGGCGGGGGCGGCGGACCUGGCUGGGGUGAGCGCGCGCGUCCGCUGGGGGACGCUGGCGCCCCAGACUCCGAAAGAUCAAGAGGGUCCGUUAUCACCGACACUGGAACAGCAGAUCAAGGACACGCUACAGAGAGGCCUCAGCUGUAUGAGUGACAGAGAAUCAUUGACACCAACAGGUCACAACAUGUCAACGGACAGCUUCGAGAUGACCAGCAUUGAAAAAGCGCUGCCCCAGGUAUCGGAGAUAAUGCAGGGUUCCUGGCGUGGGGAACAGGAUAUAGAGUAUUUGAACGGAGUCCACAUAAUGUUGAACGCUGAGGGAGCCAGCCUGUUGCCCCUGGCCAUCGACGGCAGGGUGCUCCACUCGCGCCACUUCACGUGGCGCCAGGGCCCCCGCGCGGUCACCUUCGUGCCCCCCACCGUGGGGGGGGCCUUCGUCAGCACCGACAGGCCCUACGCGUGCAAGGGGGCCUGGUUGCAGGUUCAUAUCCCCCCGGAGCUGGCUCAGGACAUGUCCAAGCGAGUGGCCGGGCUCUCUCGCCUCGCGGAGAGUGACUCCGAGGAUAGCGACUCCGGCACCGACAAGCCUCCCAAACCCGCUCUCCCCAUAACCAUGACGUGGCCGAGAUACAGACUCAGUUUGACCGUCUUACACGAUAUGGAGAUACUGUGAUAUAUUUUUACGUAGUUUACUUAUAUUUAUCUGCUGAUUAAGUAUCGGAUAGUCUAUCAGUAAGUUAUAUGUAUGACUAAAUCGUGUAAAUAAAAGUACAGUUGACUCUGGAUACUUCGGAGGUCAAGAGA